UUGUAUUUGUUUGUAGUUGUACCAACUUGUAGUAGUUCACUGACAGUUGCUAAAGGCGCACGCGUGUACCAUGGCUCAAGAUAACCUCACCGCUGUUUUGUACAAAACAAAAGAUUUACGAUUGGAACAAACACCAAUACCAGAAAUAGCAGACGAUGAGGUACUUCUGCGGAUGGACUGCGUGGGCAUCUGCGGGUCAGACGUGCACUACUGGCAGAGCGGCUCGUGCGGACACUUCGUGCUCAAGGAGCCCAUGAUCAUGGGCCACGAGGCCUCGGGGGUCGUCGCCAAGUUGGGCGCCAAGGUGAAGAGCCUCAAGGUGGGGGACCGCGUGGCGAUCGAGCCGGGCGUGCCGUGCCGCUACUGCGAGUUCUGCAAGACGGGCCGCUACCACCUGUGCCCCGACAUCCAGUUCUGCGCCACGCCGCCCGUGCACGGCAACCUGGCGCGAUACUACAAGCACGCCGCUGACUUCUGCUACAAAUUGCCCGACCAUGUGUCAAUGGAGGAAGGUGCUCUGUUGGAGCCUUUGUCAGUGGGUAUCCACGCGUGCAGGCGCGGCGGAGUCACUGCCGGCCACUCGGUGCUGGUGCUAGGAGCGGGGCCCAUUGGUCUGGUCACCAUGCUGGCUGCCAAGGCCAUGGGCGCGAGCAAGGUCCUCAUUACAGACAUCCUCCAAUCGCGGCUGGACAUGGCCAAGGAGUUGGGUGCGGACCACACCUUGCUGGUAACUCGGGACUCUCAGGAAGCGGAGCUGGUCAAAAAGGUUCACGAGCUUCUCGACGGGCAUCCUGACAUCUCCUUCGACGCUAGCGGAGCCCAAGCUACUGUGCGACUGGCUUUAUUAGCUACGAAGUCCGGCGGCGUGGCCGUGCUGGUGGGCAUGGGCGGGCCCGAGCUGUCGGUGCCGCUGGCCGGCGCGGUGGCGCGCGAGGUGGACAUCCGCGGCAUCUUCCGCUACGUCAACGAGUACCCCAUAGCGCUGUCGAUGGUGGCGAGCGGCAAGAUCAACGUGCGCCCGCUGGUGACGCACCACUUCAGCAUCGAGGAGAGCCUGGAGGCGUACGAGGUGGCGCGCCGCGGACUCGGCGUCAAGGUGAUGAUCCACGUGCAGCCGCGCGACUCCAACAACUCCACCGGCUUUGUCAAUUGCUGAAACUGUCAUCCUGAGACUUGCUAACUGGGCAUACCACGGACUUGCUUUUACCUAGACGCCGCUUGUUUUGUUUAUUCAAAGUUAAAGUAAAAUUAGUUCAAUCAAUAAAAAGAUAAAAGUUCUCAGAAACUCUUCCUUAUAUUUUUUAACUUAAUAGUCCUCAGGUUAAACUUCCUACCUUCAAAAGAGUAAUUUUUUAUUUCCUCACUUAAGAUACUCACAUAGAGAGAAUUCAGACCAGGUAUACCCAAAGAUUCUAAAAUUAAAAACAAAUUAUUUAAUAAUGAAAAUAUUUUCAUGUCACAGUGUGUGUGGAAUACGGCUGUAAUGGCAAUUUUUAAUUAUUUUUAUAAAGUACCUAUACAGACAGAUUUUUAUAUGUUAGAGUUUAUUUAUAUUUUAAGGCUUAUAAUUAUAAAUAUAUAGAAAGAACUUUAUUUCAAUGUAAGAGUUACAGACAGAAACUUACCCUAAUGACAACAAGAAUAACUCUUAAAAAGAAAGGGUGUAAAGUUCAGCAUAUGCCGUGCAUUACCCCAAGGAAGCAAUAAUACAUAAUACAUACAUAAUUAUGUAUUAUUAAAAGGUAUAAGAUACUUUUUAUAAUGGCGCGAAAACUAGUUUGCAUAAUAAAUAAUAAAUAAUGCAUAAUAAAUAAAUAAAACUGUAUCAGACAUAAAAAAAACUUUUAAACUGUUAAAAUUAAAAAGAACUGGAGACAUGUGGGGCAUGUCAGUGAAAGUAAUAUCUAACAUCAUUGAUGUCAUUGCUCCCCACUUAGCUAUUAUUUUUAAUGAAUGCGUGGAUUUGGGUAUCUUUCCGAACCUAAUGAAACAUGGCAAACUGUUACCACUUUUUAAAUCAGGUGACAAAACUGAUGUUAAUAAUUAUAGACCAAUUACAAUACUGCCAACACUUAGUAAGGUUUUUGAAAAAAUCAUUUUAAAUCAACUUUUAAGUCAUUUUAAUUUAAAUAAUUUAUUUCACCCUGAACAGUAUGGUUUUACUAAAGGUCGCAGUACAACUGAUGCAGGUGCUAAACUUUUAAAACAUAUAUAUGAUGCAUGGGAAAAUGCUAAGAAUGCUAUUGGUGUAUUUUGUGAUUUGUCCAAAGCAUUCGAUUGUGUUGACCAUAACAUUCUUUUACUUAAGUUAAGCCACUAUGGCAUAAAAAGUGUUGCACUUGAUCUCAUCGCCUCUUAUCUUAGUGAUAGAACACAAAAGGUAUGCAUAAAUGAUUCAAAGUCUCGCGGUUUUUCUAACACAAUGGGCGUCCCACAGGGUUCAAUUCUGGGUCCUUUUCUAUUCCUAGUGUACAUAAACGAUUUACCACACCAUGUUAGCGGCAUCUGUGAGAUAGUACUGUUUGCUGACGACACAUCCCUAAUUUUUAAGAGUGACAGAAGUAGAGAUAAUUCCGACGAUGUAAACCGUGCCAUAUCGCAUGUGUCGCAUUGGUUCACUGUUAACAACUUACUUUUAAAUGCAAAGAAAACUAAAUGUAUUGAGUUUUCAUUACCAAAUGUUAUAAGAUUAGAUAAGUCUAUAAUGAUCAAUGGUGAAACACUAGAAAUAGAGAAUUCCACAGUUUUCCUGGGAGUGACCUUGGAUUCUAAACUUCAGUGGGGUGCUCAUAUAGAAAAACUGUCAGGUAAACUCAGCUCAGCUGCUUUUGCAGUGAGAAAAAUAAGACAGUUUACUGAUGUUGAUACAGCUAGACUUGUUUAUUUUGCGUACUUUCACAGCGUAAUGUCUUACGGUAUUUUGUUGUGGGGCAAGGCUGCUGAUAUACAUUCUAUAUUUGUACUUCAAAAAAGAGCAAUUCGAGCAAUAUAUCAACUAAAAUCACGCGAGUCCCUUCGUCAAAAGUUUAAAGAAAUAGGCAUUUUAACAGUAGCCUGUCAGUAUAUAUAUAACAGUAUAGUUUAUGUGAGACAAAAUAUUAAUUUGUACAAACGAAAAGGAGAUCUAAACCCACGUCUUACUAGACACGGGCAUAAGUUAGUUAUUUCUGCAUAUCGUCUCCAAAGAGUUAAAAAAUCUUUUGUGGGUUUGGGUGUACUCUUCUAUAACAAGAUCCCCAAGACUGUGAUGGACUUGCCAAUGCACAACUUUAAGCAAUGUGUUAAAAAACAUUUACUUAGUCGAGGUUACUACACUAUUGAUGAGUUCCUUAACGACAAAGGUGCUUGGAGGCCAUUGGAUCAGCUUCCACCUUCACACAGGAAAUAAAACUAUAAGAAAUUGUAAUUUAAUUGUUAUCAAAUGUAAAUUGUAAUACUGUAUGACUUUUUCAAAAGAGCAACUGUUGAGUUUCUUGCCGGUAUCUUCUCAGCAGAACCUGCCUUCCGAACCGGUGGUAGAAUCUUUACAAAUAGUCAAUUGACGUGUCAAAAGUGCUUGUAAACUGAGCCUACUUGAAAUAAAUGAAUUUUGAAUUUUUGAAUUUUGAAAUAAUAAUCUAUGUAAUAUGUAUUGAAAUUAAAAUGUUUUAUUUUUUCAA